AGCCAGAGCGCACGGUUACAAUGAGCUUCUCCAUCGGUCCGACUGAGAGCCAGCGUCAGUACCGAGCUCCGAGCAGCAGACACACCGUCCCACACCCUGACCGACACCAGCUCCGCCCGCAGCAGGAUGCCCGGGGGAAAGAGAGGGCUUGUGGCACCGCAGAACACUUUUCUGGAGAACAUCGUCCGGCGUUCAAGUGAGACCAGCUUUCUCCUGGGAAACGCCCAGAUUGUGGAGUGGCCUGUAGUUUACAGCAAUGACGGAUUCUGCAAGCUGUCUGGCUUCCACAGGGCUGAGGUCAUGCAGAAGAGCAGCACAUGCAGUUUUAUGUACGGAGAGCUGACUGACAAGAAGAGCAUCGACCAAGUCAGACAGACGUUCGACAACUAUGAGUCCAACUGCUUCGAAAUCCUGCUGUACAGAAAGAACAGAAGUCCAGUGUGGUUCUACAUGCAAGUGGCUCCCAUCAGGAACGAGAACGACAAGGUGGUUCUGUUCCUCUGCACUUUUAAGGACAUCACUCUCUUCAAGCAGCCUAUCGAAGACGAAACCACUAAAGGAUGGACCAAGUUUGCACGGCUGACUCGGGCACUCACCAACAACCGCAACACGCUGCCGAAGCUGGCACCCAUAGAACAUGAAGUCAGCCAUAAGCAGUCCAGACUGGCCGAGGUUUUGCAGCUGAACUCGGACAUCCUCCCGCAGUACAAGCAGGAGGCCCCCAAGACGCCUCCCCACAUCAUCCUUCACUACUGCACCUUCAAGACCACCUGGGACUGGGUCAUCCUCAUCCUCACCUUCUACACGGCCAUCAUGGUGCCCUACAACGUCUCCUUCAAGACCAAGCAGAACAACAUUGUGUGGCUGGUGCUGGACAGCGUGGUGGACGUCAUCUUUCUGGUGGACAUCGUCCUCAACUUCCACACCACCUUCGUGGGGCCCGGCGGCGAGGUCAUCUCCGACCCCAAGCUCAUCCGCAUGAACUACCUGAAGACGUGGUUCGUCAUCGACCUGCUGUCCUGCCUGCCCUACGACAUCAUCAACGCCUUCGAGAACGUCGACGAGGGCAUCAGCAGUCUGUUCAGCUCCCUGAAGGUGGUCCGCCUGCUGCGUCUGGGCCGGGUGGCCCGGAAACUGGACCACUACCUGGAGUACGGAGCUGCCGUUCUGGUGCUGCUGGUCUGUGUGUUUGGACUGGUGGCUCACUGGCUUGCCUGCAUCUGGUACAGCAUCGGAGACUACGAGGUCAUCGACGAGGCCACCAACACCAUCAAGGUGGACAGCUGGCUCUACCAGCUGGCUCUCAGCAUCGGAUCGCCCUACCGCUACAACACCAGCGGCUCUGGCCAAUGGGAGGGCGGCCCUGGCAAGGACUCUCUGUACAUCACCUCUCUGUACUUCACCAUGACCAGCCUGACCACCAUCGGCUUCGGCAACAUCGCCCCCACCAGCGACGGCGAGAAGAUCUUCUCUGUGGCCAUGAUGAUGGUGGGAUCUCUGCUCUAUGCCACCAUCUUUGGAAACGUGACCACCAUCUUCCAGCAGAUGUACGCCAACACAAACCGCUACCACGAGAUGCUCAACAACGUCCGGGACUUCCUGAAGCUCUACCAGGUUCCCAAGGGGCUGAGCGAGCGCGUGAUGGAUUACAUUGUCUCCACCUGGUCCAUGUCCAAAGGCAUCGACACGGAGAAGGUCUUAUCCAUCUGUCCCAAGGACAUGCGGGCCGACAUCUGUGUCCACCUCAACAGGAAGGUGUUUAACGAACACCCAGCGUUCCGGUUAGCCAGCGACGGCUGCCUGCGCUCCCUGGCCGUGGAGUUCCAGACCACCCACUGCGCCCCCGGAGACCUGAUCUACCACGCCGGUGAGAGCGUCGACACCCUGUGCUUCGUUGUGUCAGGGUCACUGGAGGUCAUCCAGGACGACGAGGUCAUCGCCAUCUUAGGUAAAGGCGAUGUGUUUGGUGACGUCUUUUGGAAAGAAACCACCCUGGCCCACGCGUGCGCCAACGUCCGAGCGCUGACGUACUGCGACCUCCACGUCAUCAAGAGGGAAGCCUUGCUCAAGGUGCUGGAGUUUUACACGGCCUUCGCCAACUCCUUCUCCCGCAACCUCAUCCUCACUUGCAACCUGCGCAAACGGAUCAUUUUCCGCAAGAUCAGCGAGGUGAAGAAGGAGGAAGAGGAGAGGCAGCGAGCGAAGAACGAGGUGCAGCUCACCAUCCCGCAGGACCAUCCCGUCCGCAAGCUCUUCCAGAAGUUCAAGCAGCAGAAGGAGCUCCGCAACCAGGGAGCGGCAGCCACCUCCCACCUGGACCUGGAAAAGAACCAGCUGCAGGUGGAGCAGCACCCCCUGCAGAACGGGGCUCCGCCCAGCAGCAGCGUGCUGACCGUGUCCCAGGUCACGCCCAUGCAGAGCUCGCUGCCCUACAGCCAUCCUGGCGAGCCCCCCACCAAGCAGAACAACUGCGAGAUCAUGGAGCUGCAGCCCAGUUCGGCUGGCAGCGGAGCUGAGCAGACCGUCAGGCUCAAAGUCAGCCCCAGCCCCGGGGGGGCCAAGCCGGCCGCCAAGGCCAGCGGCUGGAUGCGCCUGAGAAACACCGGGGCUCCGGCGGAGCCCCGGAAGGACGGCUUGAACAACAACGUCAAGGCUGUUUCCGUGGAGAUGCUCUCGCAGGAGGGUAAAGGUCAGGACGCGGGAGGGGCUGGCAAUAGAGAGGAGGGUGGGGUGUCCAGCAACAACCCCCUCCGCAAGACGGACUCCUGCGACAGCGGCAUCACCAAGAGUGAGCUGCGGAUAGACCGGGCGGGGGAGGCACGGACCCCCGCUGCAGUCACCCCCCUCCUCCACAGCCCUCUCCCUGGAGGAGCGGGGUCCCCUCACCCUUUCUGCCCCAUCCCGGAGCAGGCCCUGCAGGCCGCGCUGCACGAGACCCGGCUGGAGCUCCGGGGGGACAUACAGACCCUGGGAGGCCGCCUGGGCUUCCUGGAGAGUCAGGUAGCAGAAAUUAUCAAACUGCUCUCGGACAAGAAGCGGCCGCCCACGGGGUUGUUGUCUGUCUCCACCACACCCAAAACCAAAAUACAACGUCAGGACAUUUUCACCGUUUCUAGGCCUGUUUCUCCCGACUCAGAGAAGGACGAAGGGCUCUGA